CGAGAAAGCUCUACUCGAGCAAGAUGAAGAGGCUGCUGGUGCUGAUCGCUCUGUUUGUGGCCGUCUUUGGCAAAAAGACCUUUGAGGGGGAUCAGGUGUUUCGGAUCACUCCAAAAGAUGAAGCUCAGAUUGACCUCCUGAAGGAGCUCACUGAAGAGGGCGAACAUCUUGGCCUUAGUGUCUGGAUGGAGCCCAUUCUUGAGUCUCUGCCUCUGGAUCUUCAUGUCCCCUUUCACAGUCUCCAGGCUGUCAGGGCGUUUCUGGCCUACAAUCAGAUCCCAUACCACAUCAUGAUCGAGAAUGUCCAGGAACUGUUGGAUGAUGAGCAACGUGAUAUGGUGAAAUAUCGUGGCCUUGCAAGAUCUACAGAUGACUUUGUGUACACCACCUACCAUGACCUGAACUCUAUCAACUCAUUCAUGGACAUGCUUGUCGCAGAGAACAGGAACAUGGUCAGCAAAGUUGUGAUUGGUCAGAGCUACGAGAAACGCCCCUUGAAUGUCCUGAAGUUCAGCACUGGAGCAAACCGUCCUGGUAUCUGGAUCGACACUGGUAUCCACUCCAGAGAAUGGGUCACCCAGGCUAGUGGAGUCUGGUUUGCCAAGAAGAUCGUGAAAGACUAUGGACGUGACCCCGUCCUCACUGACAUCUUGAACAGCCAUGAUAUCUUCCUGGAGAUUGUCACCAACCCUGACGGUUUCGUCUACACCCACACCAAAGACCGCAUGUGGCGUAAAACCAGAAAGCCAAACCCUGGCUCCAGCUGCGUUGGAGUUGAUCCCAACAGGAACUGGGAUGCUGGUUUUGGAGGUGGUGGUUCCAGCAACAACCCCUGCACUGAAACCUACCGCGGCCCCAGUGCUCACUCUGAGCCCGAGGUGAAGGCCAUUGUGGACUUUGUGAAGUCUCACGGCAAAAUCAAGGCCUUUGUGUCUAUCCACAGCUAUUCCCAGAUGCUCCUCUACCCAUACGGAUACACAUAUACCGCCGCCAAGGACAAGGCUGAACUGCAUGAGGUCGCCAGGAAGGCCAUCACUUCACUGCAGUCAUUGUACAACACUCGCUACACCUAUGGAAGCAUCAUUACCACCAUCUAUCAAGCCAGUGGAGGCACUAUUGACUGGACCUACAACCAGGGCAUCAAGUACUCCUACACCUUUGAGCUGAGAGACACCGGUCGCUAUGGUUUUAUUCUGCCAGCCAAUCAAAUCGUCCCAACCGCCGAGGAGACCUGGCUCGCUCUGAUGGCCAUCAUGGAGCACACCAAGAAUAACCCUUAUUAAACGUAUAGCAACAUUUCAGACGGAAAGUGUAUAAAAGAGAGUUAAUAAAAAAAAGAACAAGACAAA